GGGAAGCAGGCAGGCAGGGAGAGAGGGAAGGGUGGAGGGUGAGUAGAGAAGUGAGGCAGAAAGAUAUUUGUUCCCAGACGCAGGAGUUUUUUUAGCACUGGGUUCUGAGUGAAGAUGAGGUUUCUCCGAGCUCUGAGCGUUCUGCUCUGCUGCUCCCUGUCCUCUGCACAGACACUGGAUCCUGGUGGGAGAAAUGUUUGCAAGGAUUCAAGGGACUCCUCUACACUGUUGUGUUGCACUGGAUGGCGCCAGCAGGGAAAAGAGUGCACUAUAGCUCUCUGUGAAGGUGAACAAAUGUGUCUUGAGAAUGAGAUCUGUGUGUUUCCUGGAGUAUGCCGCUGCCCACCUGGGUACUAUGGAGCUCAGUGUAAAACACGCUGUCCUCCUGAGUUCUGGGCGUCAGACUGCCGUCAGGUGUGUCCCUGCUACCCUCAUGGCCACUGUAAUGCUGUCACCGGCGAGUGUACAUGCAACCCCACCCGCUGGGGCCCGCUUUGCCAGAACACCUGCAAGUGCACUCGCAAUGGCCACUGCCACCCCGUCAUGGGAAACUGCAUCUGCGAUGAAGGCUGGUGGUCCCCAACCUGCUCCAAACCAUGCCAAUGCUCCAGCAUUGGAUCUCUGGGCUCCAGCUGUGACCCGCUAACAGGCCGCUGCCAGUGUCGCAGGGGAUACUGGGGGAUUAGAUGUCAGGCCAGUUGCAACUGUAACCAGUCUCCAUGUAAUGAGCGGACCGGCGUGUGCGAAUGUGAGGCGGGCUCCUGGGGAUCCAGCUGUGACAGGAAAUGUAACUGUGACCUGCUGCACAGCAGCUGUGACCCGGUGUCUGGGCAGUGCCUCUGCCAACCAGGUUAUACAGGGGUUUCAUGCAACCACCCUUGUAAAGCUGGGGACUAUGGCAGCAGCUGUAAAAUGAGAUGUGGCCACUGUAAAGACAACCAGCCAUGUUCGUCCACUGAUGGUGCCUGUGCUGCCUGUGAACCCGGCUGGAACGGCACGCGGUGUGACCGCCCCUGCGCCUCUGGGUGGUACGGUGAUGGCUGCAGGCAUAAGUGCCCAAAGUGCUGGAAUAAUGAACCCUGUGAUCCAAUAACAGGGAAAUGUUUGAGAUGUGACCCUGGAAGGACGGGAGCCAGGUGUGAGGAGCUCUGCUCUGAUGGGAGAUAUGGAGACGGCUGCCACUUCCUGUGCAGUCCGUGCUUUCAGGGCAAAUGCCAUCAUGUGACAGGAAGAUGUGUCUGUAGCCCUGGUUUCCAAGGAGACAGCUGUAACAGUACCUGUCCCGCUAUGAUGUUUGGGGCCAACUGCUCGUCCCUCUGUGACUGUGGAGAGGGAGUCAGCUGCAACACCGUCACAGGGGCCUGUCCCUCCAGCGGUAGAGGGGCUGUGCUUGCAGGCGUGCUGGUUCCUUUGUUCCUGCUGUUUGUUGCUGUGCUGUGCUGCUGCCUGUGUUGUGGAGGAGGUCCUACUGAUGGAAAAAACAGGGUGGCUGUGGCUGAGGGUGGCCUGUUGGUCAGGAUGAAAUAUCACGUCUACAGUGUUCUGGCAAACAUCGGUGCUGCCCUCCCCUGUAUGUCUGACUGGUCCUCAGGUCUGCCUCGAGUCACUGUUUCCCACCAUGACCCAGAGCUGACCUUUAACCACAGCUUCAUUGAGCCUCCUUCAUCCGGCUGGGUCGAUGAGGGUUCGUCCUUCGACAGCGAUGAAGAGGAGGGAGAGUCCCUCUACUGCGUUCCCCCGAGGGAAGAUAUCCCUGCUGUGGCAGGUGGGGAGUUCCAGGAGAUGAGCUCCAAGUGUAACAUGUUCCUAGACCCAUCUGGGUUUAGCAACGAAGACAUUACGUCGUCCUUCAACAUCCCUCGGACCUCCAGCAUCGCCAAGUCCAAGCGGCCGUCUGUGUCGUUUGCAGAAGGGACACGCUUUAGUCCCAAAGAGAGGCGUGGAUCCGGUCAGGACCCCGGUGGUCCUUCUCGCGGCAAAGCUAAGACCCCCUGGGGGGUUUUGAUGCUGUCGGCCCUCCAGAGUCAGGGAGGCACAGCUAGGACUGGGGAGGAGGAUGAAGAUGAAGAAGAGCAGAGAGGAGAUGAGGAAGGGGCUCAAACAACAGACGAUCAGCAGUCAAGCCGUGAGGACCAGGAAGUAGACAGUAACCCAUCAUAUGCGAAUUUACAAGUCCCUGGAACAUCAGGACGAAGACGGACCAUGUCCAACACAGCUGGUCUGAAAGGAACCCCGACCCCAACAUCUGAUGGUGAGGUGGGAGCUUCUCAUAAGCUGACCACAGUAUAUGUGACGGUAGGAAAGGCUGGGAGGCCUGUAACAAAACCAGAGUCAAGCUCUGAAGGGCCCGUCCAGGCCAUGCUGCGCAGACUUGGCAGCCUGCAGAGACAAAGAGAGCAGGAUGGAGGAAAGUCCAAGUCAAAGCCCGUCGAGGGGAUCACUAAACCUCCAAGGAGGAAGCUGGGAGCUCGUGCCGCAGUGUGGGAGCAGGGAGGGCCGUCAGGAGCACAGACUAAGCCGAUCAGGCAGAAGAAUGUCUCAGAGGCUCCUCCAUCAGAAGGAAACACUCCCAAACGACCUCUGUCAUCAAUUCUGAAAAGCGUCCCAGAGUUGGCCGCCGCUGACUGUGGGUCAACUCCAAGAGCUGAAGGAGCAGCCGUGCACAGUGUGAAUGCAGGUGUAGAACAAACAGAGAGCAGCUAUCUGACAGUGGGACCAGCAGGAGAGGCCGCUGAGAUUAUCAGCAACCAAGAAGCAGCACACUAUGAACCCUGCUAUGAAAACGUCCUAAUUACACAACCAUAAACCACAGACGCUGAGCCAGAAGAUCAGAGCGUGAUGAACCUUGUUUAUCCCAAUGGAGUAAAAAAAAAUUACAGACAUAAAGUAGUGCUUUAAUUUAUCAUUUACACGAUAACGCUACAAUCAGUUGAUAUUUGGAUUAUGAAAACGAAUGAAACAUGAAAAACACUUCAGAACAAGAUCAACAAGAUAGAACAGCAUGUGAUUCAAAUAUCUGUAGAGCUGUUAAACAGAAGUCCUUUUCAUUGACUUCAUAGCGAUUUCUGUGCUGCUAAUUUGUUUGACAUCACAUCACAGCUUGAGCAACAGCAAGUAAUAUAAAAAAAUUAACACAAGUUGAAUUGCUUUUGUAGAAAUAAAAAUUAGGAUUACAUCGUUUUUUGUUUGUUUUGUCUAUAGAGACACCUUUUUGAAGCCUGAUGUCGAUCUGAGGAAAGUUCUUCUUUCUGUUUUUUGCUAUUUAGACUGUUUCAAGUCACCAUAGAGCCUCUCAUUGAGUUCAAGAUCUGGACUAAAAACUUUGCACUUAUUCAUUCAGAGCCCAGUUUGAGCAGAUUUUCAAGACAUCCCCAGACCAUGACACUUCCAACUCCAUGCUUCACAGAUGGGUUUCUGGUUUAUGUGUAUAUGUUUAUGCUUCCUCUGGCAAAUCUUAGUCUGGCCUUCAAUUAAGUAUUAUUUUAUUUUAUUUUUUUACAGGUACUCACUUUCAUACCAACAGUACUGUAGGUCCUAUUAUCACAUUUAAGGAUCUUUGGAGACAUCAUGUCCAACUCGGAGUAAACUGGAUGAUCAGAAUUUUGAAAGUUGGAAGUUGUUUGAAUGCCAUCCACAAUUAAAUGUCUGAUUUCUA